UAUGUAAAUAAUACAAAUAAUACCUACUCUUUGAUAUAAAUAAAUUUAAUAAAGUUCAAUCAAAGAGUUUCAGAAAUUAUGAAUAAAUUAGUAAUUUUCCGAAAAUUAUUUGAGUGUCGAACAAUAAGUACAAGGUUAACUGCAGAUGGUAAAGACAUUCCCAAGAAGAAGACUUUCGAGAACAGAAUUACUUUGAUUGGUGCGGAUAAUUCUGUUAGUAUAACAGACUUAAAGAACGCUCAGAAUUUAUCAGCAAGACGUGAGUUAAAACUAGUAAAAGUUCAAGAUGCUGAUUCGAAAACUAGACGGCCGGUUUAUAAAUUAAUGACAAAUGCAGAAUACCAUGAAGAGGAAAUUUCAAGAAGGAAAGAGAAGCAGGUUGCCCGUGAGAAUAAUUCUACAAAGGGACAAAAGUUGAUAACUCUGUCUUCAAGAAUAGCAGAGCACGACUUAUUGACGGGUGUUAAGAAAAUGGCAAAACUUUUGGAGAAGCAUUAUGAAGUUAAAGUAGUCAUAUCAGGACAUGAAAAUGAAGAAACAAAAUCAGAGAAGAUAUACUCAAUAAUAGAAAAGAACUUGAAAUCAGUUGGACAGUUGGUGCAGAAGAGAAGUAAAGGGAGCAACUUGAGAUUUCAGGUGCAGCCACUGAGAGACAACUCUAAGCAAACAAAUAGUGACCAGUCCAGUCCUGACCAAAAUAGUGAUGAUAAAGGGCCACUAUGACUAGGAGUGUUUUUAGUAGCUAUAAUUGUAGCAAAAUAUUUACUUUUCAAAGACUAUUAUUUGUCUAGAAAUAAGAACAAUAAUCCUAGUACCAAAAUUAAUCACAAAAAAUUAGAGGAAUCAGAUAGGGAGCUACUUAGUGAAGAUUAAGAGAAAAUGUUAAUGUAUUUUAUUUAUUAUUAAAAAACAAAAUAUUUAACUAC